AUGAACAGAUUUGAAGAAGCUUUAGAAAAUUCUAAUUUAGCAAUAGAAAAAAAUCCAGAAGUUAAUUUAUAUUUUUCUGUAAAAGGUUUAAUUAUAAUGGAUGAUAUUUUAGCUUUUAUUUUACUAAAAAUGAACAGAUUUGAAGAAGCUUUGGAUAAUUGUGAUUUAGCAUUAUUCAGAAAUCCAAUAGAUUUUGGAUCUUGUUUUCUAAAAGGUACAAUUAAAAUCGACGAUAUUUUUUAGAUUUUACUCUAAUAAAAAUGA